CAUAAUUAUUUGAGAUACGUACUCCGUAUAUAGUGUUGGAUGGUUCGGUCCGUGAUAAUCGAUUUUAAAUAUUUGUAUCACGGUCCCGUCCCAUUUGGUAUCGGUUCGCUUUCGGUUCGUGAUGAAAAAAAAUCAAUCCCGUUUGAAAACACUAUAAACGGUUCGGUACCAUGCUAGUUCGGUUUUUUUGCCCACCCCUACUCGGUUUGUAUUGAUGGAAAAUGUGCAAUAAGUCAACUUGUAGGGAUGUCGUACCAGGCCCGUCUAGGAAUGAUGGUGGCUGGAUCAUAUGGGCUUCCACAAUUUAGAAUGAGAGUCUUUCUGUGGGGUGCACUUCCGGCAGAAAAGUUGCCUCAGUAUCCUCUUCCAACACAUGAUGUUGUUGUGAGAGGUUUUGUUCCUAUUGAGUUUGAGUCAAAUAAUGUGACAUAUGAUGAAGGACAUGGUCAUAGACUAAAGAAGAAGCUUCUCCAGGGUGACGCAAUCUCUGAUCUUCCUCAUGUAAAGAUUAAUGAGUCAAGAGAUGAAAUGGAAUAUGAUGAACAACCUAAGAAUGGGUUCCAAAAAUACAUAAGAUUAGGAAGAGAUGGGAAUCUGGGGCAUGUUUUGUAUGAUCACUGUCCCUUGCAACUAAAUGAAGAUGAUUAUACGAGGGUAUGUCAGAUUCCUAAACAAAAGGGGGCUAACUAUAGGAAUUUGAAAGGCGUCAUUGUCCGUGGCAACAAAGCUGAAUUGGAUCCAACAAUUGAAAGAGUAUACUUGCCUUUAGGCAAACCUCUAGUGCCGAAUUAUGUCUUGUCUUUUACUGGAGGAACUUCCAUAGAGCCAUUUGGUCGGUUUUGGUGGCAUGAAACUGUGCCCACAGUUGUGACGAGGGCUCAGCCUCAUAAUCGGGCUAUUUUACACCCCGAGCAAGAUAGGGUUCUUACCGUUCGCGAAAAUGCACGGUUGCAAGGUUUCCCAGACUACUAUAAACUAAGUGGCUCAAUAACAGAAAGGUACAGACAAGUUAGAAACGCUGUAGCUGUGCCAGUAGCAAGGGCCUUGGGGUAUUCACUAGCUAUGGCAAUCAAAGGAGAAUCGGAUGAAAAAAAACCCUGUGUUUUGUUUACCAGAAGGGUUUGCUGAAGUUUCCUGAGAUUCCUCAAUGGAAACUGGUGAGUAGGGUGUUUUUAUGAGGCAAAAUUAAUUGCAACACUUUCUUAAAUUGAUUUAAGAGCCAAAUAUGUAUUAUUAAUACAUGAUAUUAAUAAUAUAUAUAUUGUGAAGAGAACUUGUACACUGCCAUCAAGAUACAAGCAUAUUCAUCAUCUCCUCUAAUGGUCAGGAUAGGGAACACUUUUGUGUAAAUAAUGAAGCCAUUUCCCU